AUGAGAUAUUUCGCCACCUUUGCGGCAUUGCUCGGUGCCUCCAGCGCAGGGCUAAGAUCAGGACUUGGCGGUACUUCCGGCGGAGGGCAGCUUAAACCACGACAAAAUGGUGCGGCCGUUGUGGAAAAACCAGCGUCGCCCCAACCGGCUUCGAUACAAUAUGUAUUUCGUGGGGCCAGACGAGAUCUUGCGACGAUCAAGGCAGCUGGGGGAUUCCUGCCGCGGGUGGUCAACCCAGAGACUCCGGAAGCGUAUGGCUUAUGGGAUCACAUAAACUCCUUUAUUGACAUGAACUCCGAUUCUGCGGUACCCCACAGCCAGUAUAUCUCGACCUCGAGUUCGUUUGCCGUGGCCGCCAAGUUUGCGGUUCGACCGGGCGGCAGUUCGACCAAAGGCCCGGGCUGGGUCUACCGCAUCCAUGCGACACCAAACAUGGUCGAUACGGCGGAAUCUUUAUCUGACGCAUAUGAGACUGAGGAAGAAUUAGAAAUUUCAGCCCUCGGGGCUAUCCUUGAAACCCAGAUAGAGGGCUGCGUCCCGAUACCAGCGGACUACGACUGGGAAGCGGCACAAAAAGACCCGCAGGGAGCCUUUGAGGCACUGUCUCAUCUAUAUGUCAAGAAUCCCGACUACGACCCCAAGUUUGACAAGUACACCAUCAGUGGCGGGCAGCCGCAGUUGGCUGGACUCCCGCCAAAGGCUCCUCUGUGGAAUGAGCCGCCAUGGUCUGAAUUCAAGCCAUCUCUCGGAAAGUCUACAAAAGAAUAUGCCAUUGAAUUUAUGAACAAGGUCGGCUCGGCUGUCGGGUGGCGCGGACACUUUCCUUUAUUGGAAGCUGCGGGGGAAGCCGGGGAGACGGGGGAGAAGAAGAAGGAACAAGAAGAAGAAAAGAGAAGAAAGGAGGAGGAGGAGAAAAGAAAAGAGGAGGAGGAGAGAAGGAAAGAGGAGGAGAGAAGGAAAAAGCAAGAGGAGAGAAGAAAACAGGAAGAAAAAGAAAUGAGAGAGAAAGAGGAGAACGACAGGAGAAAACAAGAAGAAGAAGAGAGGCAAAAACACGAGAAGGUCAAGAAGAAGGUAGAGGAGGUCAGGGAUCAAGCCCUCGAUCAUGUGAGCAAAAUGUCCAACUCUAAUAUCCCGGCCGGGCUGAAGAAUGCGUUGGCAGGCGCAGCCAUCGGAAUAGGGGCCUUGGGACUCGCAGGCAUGGCGACUACAAUGGCCAUUGAGGGCGCAGCUGCUGGUGCUGCUGGCACCGCUGGUGCCGCCGAGGCUUUGGGCAUUGGGUCUGCAUCCGUUGCCGAAACGGCACAUUUGUUGAGUGCCGAAACCAUCAGUGCGGCCUCGCAGCUGGAGAUUGCAUCCGUCAUUGCUGAAGUCGACCCCGAGUUGGGAUUGGACAUGAUGCUGGAUCUUGCACCCGAGGUCCCGACGACAGCCUUGGAGGAAGAACUGGCCGUCGCUGAGCUGCUCCCAAUGCACAAGCGGACUGCGAUCCAUACUGGAGACUCACCGAAACGCAAGGCAGCCAUGAAGCGAUGGGUGCUCAAGGCAGUUGGCCCGGCCAUGCAGCGAGCUCUGCUGGCCGCCUUUGAGCUCGGGACCAAGGAAGCUCGUCAAAAAUUGGGAGUGUAG